AUGGAAGGUAACAAUCUCACCGAAGAACAGAGAAAUACUCUGGGUCGUUUUCAAGAAUUUACAGGUAUUGAUUCAAUUGAAACAAGUCUUCAAUAUCUUCAUGCACAUGAUUGGAAUGUUGAACGUGCUAUUAAUACAGCAUUAACAACAGAUUCUGAUCUUCCAACACCCAAUGGAUCAUUACAAAAUGAACAAUCAAUACCUCAUGAUACAGCACUUACUGUUCGUUAUAUACCAAAUAUUGCAUUACAAUUAUUUCGUACACCAUUAUCAUUUUUAUAUAGUUUUUAUUUAAAAUUUCAACCAUUUUUACCAGUGAGAAUUGUUCGUGUUGUAUUUUCAUUUUGUAAGAAGAAGAAACAAAAUAAUUCUUUCAUUAUUUUCAUUCUUAAUAUUUGGUUCUUUUU